CUACUGAUAAACGUUUGCAAAGUUCAUUUCAAAAUUCACUAAAACUAGAUAAGGAACACGUUUCACUAUAAAUACUCGAUCGAUUCUUGGAACAAUCAUUGUCAAGUUUGCUUCAACACAAAGUACAAUGGCCGCCAAGCUGAUCCUCGUCCUCUGCGCUCAGGCGCUCUUCGUCCAGGUGGCAUUCAGUCAGUGCCUCGGUCGUGCAGCUAUCGCUGCCCCUGCCUUACCCUGCCCUGCGGUUGUUGCACCGAGCUGUGCUGGUAACGGUGUGAUUGCUAAUGGAUGGAUCGGUAACGGUCUGAUCGGUACCGAAUGGAUCGGAAACGGUCUGAUCGGCAAUGGAUUGGAAAUCGUCCCCACCAGUGGCGGUGGACUGGCUGUGAGCAGCAGCUCUAGCAUCGCUCCCAGCGGGCUCUCCCUAGCGUCUGAGAAUGUGUUUGAGGGUGCUCUGUCCGUGGCUGGUGAGCUGCCGUUCGUGAGUGCUGUGGCUCUGGAGGGCGCGCUGCCCAGUGCUGGUGCUGGCGCCGUCAGCUACAGCUGCGGUAACGGUGUCACUGCUAUCGAGAGCAUCGCUCCUUCUGCUGCUGCUGCUAUUGCUCCUGCGGUAGCAGCUGCAGCUCCUGCUGCUGCUUAUGGCGCUGCAGCACGCUAUGGUCUCGGUGGCUAUGGACUGGGUGCUGCUGGCAUCUCUCCUGCCGCUCUCGGACUCGGCUAUGCAGGUCGCGGAUGUGGCUGUGUCGUUUAAUAUGAGAAUACACAAAACAAAGUUUGAUAAUUUAUGAAUAAUAAACUGAUAUCUUUGCAAUUUA